AUGACUACAUUCAAGGGUUUCGACACGACUCGCCAUGUCCCGUCCCUAGGAGGCAAGGUCAUCCUGAUCACUGGGGGAACCGGGGGAGUUGGCAAAGCAGCCGUCGAGCACCUUGCCAAGCACAACCCUCAAAAGAUCUUCUUCACGGGCCGCAACACGCAGGCCGCAGAACGUCUCAUUGCUUCGCUUCCCGACCCAACCGUUGCCACGUUCGUGCCAUGCUCCCUCGACUCCCUCGCCAGCGUCCAGACGGCCGCGGACAAGAUCAUCCAGCAGACGGACAGGCUCGAUGUCGUCAUUGCUAACGCGGGCAUUAUGGCUGUCCCUGCCGGUGUCAGCGACGAUGGCUACGAGAUCCAGUUUGCUACCAAUCACAUCGGCAACGCGGCCCUCACCUUGCGAGUCCUACCCCUGAUGCUCAAGACUGCAGAGAUACCCGGCGCAGACGUCCGUUUCGUUGCCCUGACGAGUCUAGGCUACCGCGGCCAUCCAAAGCAGGGCGUUGACUUUGAGACGAUCAAAACGGGGCAAGAGGGCAUGGCUCUGGGCUCGUGGGGACGCUACGGUCAGUCAAAACUCGCCAACAUCCUGUUCGCGCGUCAGCUGGGCAAGCGGUACCCGAGCAUCACUUCGCUGGCGAUCCAUCCCGGCGUUGUGAACACGGAGCUUGUCACGGAGCUCAGCUGGGCGAAAUGGCUGCUUGUCAGGGUUACCAACCUUCACUUCCUGACCCAGGAGGAGGGCGCGGUGAACACCGUCUGGGCGGCCACGGCGAACGAUGUGCAGGAGAGCCUGGACGAGGGCAAGGCGGCGUUCUUCGAACCUGUCGGAAAGAUGUCCGCUGGUACCAAGAGCUGUUUCGAUGAGAAGCUCAUGAAGGAGCUCUGGGAAUGGACGGAGCGUGAGGUCGGUGUGCAGGCGCCUUGA